UCUCAUUUUAAAUAUUCCUAAAUUUCAAACAAGUUAUUUGUAAUACUAAAUUUUUUUUCUAUGGAAUUUUAUUCUUUUAUUUCAAUAUCUAUUGUCGUUUUGGUGUUAAAACCAGCCGAAGGAGUACAAGCUAAAAGACAAUAUAAUCAGCGUUAUAAAAAUUACAUCAAUACAGUUGUGGCACACAUUCAUUCACAAAUUGGAUCAUAUGAAAUGCAAAAUUUAAAACUAAAACAAUUUUUAAAUUGUCCCGAAAUGGAGAAAAUUUGCACACCAGAUGAUUUCUCACGUAACUAUCGUUACACAAUAAGUGUACUCAAUUUCAAGUACACUGAAAUACUAAAAAAAUUUCUCGAUUACAUGAAUAUUAUCAUCAAUAAAUGUUUGGAGUUUUAUAAAAGAAAUUUAUUUGAAAAUUUCAUUAGUUGUGUAUCGUUACUUGAAACAGAAGUGAAAAAUUCGAAGUCUAUGUUUGAAUAUCUCCACAAUGCUAUGAAGUUUAUAAGCUACAUAGAUAUAAAGUAUUUGUUUCGUGAAGGCUUCGCGCCGCAUCCCAUAAUUGAUGAAAUUGACUUUUUUCAACAAUCUGUAAAAAAAUUAGAUGCCACCUAUUUUGUUGACAUUAAUAUCUUACCAAAUAUAAAUGACUCUAAAACGAAAUUUGAGAAUUUGAAACGAUUUUAUGAUGUCGCAUUAAAAAUAGUAAACAAUCUUUUUCAAAAUAGUCAAAUCAUCGAAAUUUCUGUAAAUACUGAUUUGAUGGACAAUCAAAUUAACGAAUGUUUUAACGAUUCAACAAUUAAAAUUGAUGAUUGUUCAAACGAAAACAACUUUGACAUUGUUUAUUCUACGUGUAGUAAACUUAAUUCAUUUUACAACGAAUCUAUAAAUAUUUGGUACAAAAAUCUUGGCUUUGAACAUUUUCUUAACCCAAAAAUACCCGAUUUCACACCACCAAAAGAUCCAGAAAUAAAACAAGAUGAUGUAAUUGAAGCUCUAAAUAUUCUUCAUUUGGAAACUGGUUGGAAAUCAAUGAAUCACAUAAAUAUAGUAUAUUAUGAUAAAUACUACAAUGUAGAUUUUAUAAUGAAAGAUAAAAUUAACGACAUAAAUUUUCGAAUAAAAAAAGAGCACAUAGUACAAUUAUUAAGAUGUAGGUAUACAGAAAUAUUAAAAAACUACCAAACAUUAUUAUCUACUAUAAUGUAUAUAUGCAAAAGUGAUUUAAUUGAGUACCAAAAUAAUUGUUUAAUUGAAUUAUUUAAAUCAUUCAACAAAUCUAAAAAAAUGCUUAAAGGGUUGUAUAAUUCUUUGAUUACAUUAAAUAAAUCAUCAAUAUGGAUUGUUAAUAUGAACUCUCAUUCAAGUUUACAUAGAAUAUUAGAAUGGGUAGUAUAUAGUCUUAAUUUAUUGAAGAAAAAUAACUUUUUUCAAAUUGAUUUUGUCGAUCAAAACGAUAAUAAAAAAAUUAAUGAAAUAAUUCAAGAAUUUCGGGAUAUUUUUCAAAAAUAUCUUGAUAACUUUCAUUAUGACAUUACUUGCAACACUGCUCAUAUUGACAAAUGGUGUCAUUUUACAAAAAAUAAUUUUUAUGAGAAAAACGAUGUAAUAAAUUCUUUUAUUGAUUCAGCAAAUACAUUGAAUUCAAAUCCUACUUUGGAAAUCCAAGUUUAUCAAAUUGCGUGUCAUUCUUUUGACAAUUUUUGUGAAUAUGCUUAUAAUUGUUGCUAUGAAAUUCUGGGUUUUGAAAAAAUUAACUGUCAUGAUAAUAAUAUAGAUGAAAAACUCAAACCAUUUAUUGUGGAUUAGAUGGAUUAUUUAUCAUUAUUACACUAAAUAUUAAAAGCUAGAUACUGAAAAGUUGAUUUUUAGAAGUAGAUUUCUUAUAAUGAUUAUUUUAUUAUCGUUAAUCACUAAUUUUUAGAUUUCACAAGGCCAAACCCAAGUGUAUUGGUAAUUUUGGCCUUUUAAAGUUAUUUGCAAUGCUUAAAUUUUUAUUGUUUUAAAUAUUUAAAUUUUAUAUUUUAAAAUAAAACUUUUUUGAGAAC